CCAAACAUUCGUUUACGAUGCACAGCAGAAGAACAACAGUGUCCGUGUCGUCGCUCUCGGCGGUGGUGCUAGCCGCGGUCGCACUGGCCGCGGCCGGGGUCGCGGUUGCCGACCGCCCGGUGGACGGUCUGCUGGACAGGGUGCUGGACAGGUGUUCGCUGGGACCGGGAGCCGUGGGCUGUCUGAAGGGUAACGUGUUGGAGUUCUUGCGGGACGGUCGCGCCGCCAACGCGGAAGCCGACGGUGACGUAGACGCAGAGCUGGUGCGAGCUGCCRGCGCGUACAUCGAACGUCGUGUCAAUGAACCGAACGUCGUCGAAACCGCUCCGAUGCGGGACGCCCGGGCCAUGGACAACGAAGCUGCUCCAGCCGCCGCUGCAACAACUACCACCACAGCUAGAGCUGACAUGGAAAUGGGCAUGAUGCAAGACAAAAUGCUGAUGCCACUCAUGAUGAUGAUGAAGAUGAAGCUCAAGAUGCUCAUGCCCAUAAUGAUGGCCCUCGUCAGCAUGAAGGCCACCAAGGCGCUGGUGCUCAGCAAAGUGGCUAUAAUGCUGGUCCUAGGGUUCCUCCUCAAGGAGUUCAUGAAGAAGUCAGGCAUUCCCGGGCUCCCGUUGCACCUUCCCGGAUUCCCGGGCUCCRCCGAACCAUCGUCAACUUCCGGACCUCCCCCCAUGUACGGACCACCGCAGUCUUCCGGUUAUGAGUCGUCCAGCUCGUGGGAGCCCACGGGUUACUCGAGCCAUUCCUCCGAUUCCGCUCAUUCGAUGGCCUACAACAGUUACCAGCCAUCGUCGUCGUCUUCGUCUGGUUCGUCGGCGAGCCUGUCGUCCAACAAAUAUUGAAUUGGUCUUAGAUUUGUAUCCUAGGUACCUUUACUAAAUUAUUGUUUGGAUUUAUAUCAUUAUUUUAUUAUUUAUUAUUCAGGUUUAGCUAAAUUUAUUUAUUUAUUUCAUGAAAAUUGUUUUAAAACAAAUAUAUCAUAUUUUCGUCGUGAACAACCCGAGUGUUCUUAUUCUCGACAUAUUUGUUUA